UUUUGUAGACCAUAAGUGACUUUCCUGCCUAUGGGAUGUUGUCGGGAUGGACUACACAUGGGAGAUUAGCUUGUCCAUAUUGUAAUGGAGCGACAGAUGCGUUUCAACUGAAGAAUGGGAGGAAGACAAGUUGGUUCGAUUGUCAUCGUAGAUUUCUUCCCAUUGGCCAUCCGUACCGAAGAAACAAGACAUUGUUUAGGCACAAAAGGGUUGUGAGAGACACUCCUCCUCCAUAUUUAACUGGAGAAGAAACUGAAAAGCAACUCGAUUACUAUGGAGCUUUGGAAACAGUUCCUCGUGGUGGUAAUUGGCAUGUUCCCCCUAAUAUGCCUGAUUCUUACGGUGUUCAUCACAACUGGCACAAGAAGAGUAUAUUUUGGGAGUUGCCAUAUUGGAAGGAUCUUCUUCUGCGCCACAACCUUGAUGUGAUGCAUAUAGAGAAGAAUUUCUUUGAGAACAUCAUGAAUACAAUAUUGAAUGUCCCGGGGAAGACAAAAGACAACAUAAAAUCAAGGUUAGACUUGCCGGAUAUUUGCUCAAGAAGCGAGUUACAUAUAAACAGCAAUGGGCAAGUUCCUGUUCCGAUAUUCAGAUUGUCUUCAGAAAAAAAGUCGGUGUUGUUCAACUGGGUAGCAUCAGAAGUGAAAUUCCCUGAUGGGUAUGUUUCAAAUCUGUCUAGAUGCGUUGAAAAGGGUCAAAAGUUCUCUGGGAUGAAGAGUCAUGACUGUCAUGUCUUUAUGCAACGACUACUUCCCUUUGCUUUUGCGGAGCUACUUCCUACAAACGUACAUGAAGCACUUGCAGGCAUUGGAGCAUUUUUCAGGGAUCUGAGCACCCGCACCCUUAAAGUAGAAGUCGUGGAACAGCUUCAAGAGAACAUUCCCAUCUUAUUGUGCAACUUGGAGAAGAUAUUUCCUCCUGGGUUUUUUGACGUAAUGGAGCAUCUAGCUGUCCACCUUCCAUAUGAGGCAUUGCUUCGUGGACCUGUACAUUACGGAUGGAUGUAUCAGUAUGAGCGAGCCAUGAAAUAUUUGAAGGGAAAAGCAAAGAACCUUGCAAAGGUUGAAGGUUCUAUAAUUGCUGGAAGUUUGACGGAAGAAACUUCUCACUUCACAUCGUACUACUUUGCGUCAAAAGUACGUACUCGGAAAAGAGCUCCAAGGAGAUAUGAUGAUGGUGGUGUCGCGCCAACAUACGCAGUUGCUGGUGUUCCAGACAUCUUUAGCCAGAUUGGGCGACUGGGUGGAAAAUCAAAAGAGGUUUGGUGGUCGAGUGAAGAAGACGCUCAUAGUGCACACACCUAUAUUCUACUUAAUUGUGAGGAUCCAUUGAUUCGUUAUUUUGAAAGGUACAACAAAUUCGAGCCUUUCAUCUUAGCUUCACAAGCAGAUCAAGUUAGCUACCUUCCAUACCCUCGGAUGAGAGAAUCGGGAAUAAAUUGGUUAUCCGUGAUCAAAGUUACACCUCGAGGACGAAUCAUAAGUGGAGAAGAACCACCAUUGCAAGAAGAACAGAUAAAUGAAGUCGAGGAACCUGAACAACAAAUUGAUGACAUUCUUCUCAUUGAUCCGCAUAAUCAUGAGUAUGAAGAUCUUACCGACGAUGGCACAGAUGAAGCUGUUGAAGACGAGUUUAAUGAAAAUGAUGAUGUUUCUAGUGAUGACGAAAAUGUAUCCGAUUGAUGUAUUUGUGUUUUAAUAUGAUUGAUUUUCAGACUUAA